UAUGGGGAAGGAAUAAAAAAAAGAAAUUCAGUAUCGUCGCACUCUGUACCUUAAGAUCAUCAUUUUCUGAAGAGCUCAUCGCCCCAGGGCCUCGGUCAAAACACCGAAAUUUGACGGCGGUGAGGGCGGAUCUGGAUUCACCGCAGAGACGCUGAAGUCGCAGAAGAAGGCAGAUUUUCCGUCGGACGGUCUGUAGGCUAGCGUAUAGCGAGGGAGCCGCCAUGGCAGUCGGAUCACUGAGCCUCCACAUCGGGAUAUGAAGAGAAACUGCAUGCGUCCUGAAUCUCCAAGAAAACGCCGCAUUUGCCCGUGAUCCGCACCGGAUCCGCUGUCUGAACACCUGAUCUCACCCUUCUUCGUCUUUGUGAAAUUCAGUUCACAUCCAGAAAGAAAUUGCAAUUGGUUUUUUAAUCGGGGGGCCCACAGGGAGAGGCCAGAUUCAUGACUAUUUUAGUCGGAGACGUGUCUUCAGAGGCCCACUGAAAGAAAACGAGGAAUAUACAGAAGAAAUGAUGCUCUGAUUGACCGCUUGUGGGAAAGAAAAGGGUAGUUUAUUAGGUGAGACGAACUAGUGUGAAGGAUUGUGGGAUAAAGGGGUUGCUUUCUGUCUGCCUCCCCCCCUAGUGAAUUAUAGUGUUAUUCAUUUACUGUCAUCCUUUUUGGAUGAGAAGGUUUGGAGAACCGACCAGCCCUGCCGUGUAGAGAGUCACAAAUCUACGAGAGUCCAAGAAUCAAAGGGAUUGGAUCAUGUCGGGUCGGCCCAGGACCACAUCCUUCGCAGAGAGCUGCAAACCAGUGCCGCAGCCCUCAGCUUUUGGCAGCAUGAAAGUCAGCAGGGAUAAAGAUGGCAGCAAGGUAACAACAGUCGUGGCUACUCCAGGCCAAGGCCCCGACCGGCCACAGGAGGUGAGCUACACGGACACUAAGGUCAUCGGCAACGGCUCGUUCGGCGUCGUCUACCAGGCCAAACUCUGUGACUCCGGAGAGUUGGUGGCCAUCAAGAAGGUCCUGCAAGACAAGAGAUUUAAGAAUCGCGAGCUGCAGAUCAUGAGGAAGUUGGACCACUGCAACAUAGUCCGCCUGCGCUACUUCUUCUACUCCAGUGGAGACAAGAAAGAUGAAGUGUAUCUGAAUUUGGUUCUGGACUACGUUCCCGAGACGGUCUACAGAGUGGCCAGACACUACAGCCGAGCCAAACAGACUCUGCCCAUGGUUUAUGUCAAGUUGUACAUGUACCAACUGUUCAGGAGUCUGGCCUACAUCCAUUCGUUUGGGAUCUGCCAUCGGGACAUCAAGCCCCAGAAUCUGCUGCUGGAUCCAGAGACCGCUGUGCUCAAGCUCUGCGACUUUGGCAGUGCUAAGCAGCUGGUCCGUGGAGAGCCUAAUGUGUCCUACAUCUGCUCUCGCUACUAUCGGGCCCCUGAGCUCAUCUUUGGUGCCACUGACUACACCUCAAGCAUAGACGUGUGGUCAGCCGGUUGCGUGCUAGCAGAGCUGUUGCUAGGACAACCAAUCUUCCCUGGCGACAGUGGAGUGGAUCAGUUGGUUGAAAUUAUCAAGGUUCUCGGCACCCCGACUCGAGAGCAGAUCCGCGAGAUGAACCCCAACUACACCGAGUUCAAAUUCCCCCAGAUCAAGGCACACCCUUGGACUAAGGUGAGUCAACAGGUGUUCCGGCCGCGUACGCCCCCAGAGGCCAUCGCCCUGUGCUCUCGCCUGCUGGAGUACACGCCCACAGCACGCCUCACCCCUCUAGAGGCCUGCGCACACUCCUUCUUUGAUGAGCUGCGUGACCCCAACGUCAAACUGCCCAAUGGAAGGGAGAAGCCUUCACUUUUCAAUUUCACCACCCAGGAGUUAUCCAGUAAUCCAUCUUUGGUCUCCAUACUCAUCCCUGCUCACGCCCGCAGCCAGGCUUCCGCCUCUACCCCAACCAAUGCCUCUGCCACCACAGAUGGUAGCAGCACAGACAGAGUUCCCAGCACCACCACCGCCUCGGCCUCGGCCUCCAACUCCACCUCCUGAGCCUGCAGAGGACCCGCCCCGCCCCGGUCUCAGCCCCAGCCCACGGCCUCUCCAUUGCCCCGGCCAGGGGGUGAGCUCCGCUCAGCUCUGCUCUGCCCUGCUCUCCUCCCUGACAACAGCGGAGCGAUGCUGACGCAGUCCGGGUUCAACAGCUAGCCAACAGCCCCAUGCCUCGACCACAAACCAAGCACCCCUAAUCCGACUCCUUUAACCCCCUCAUCCAGCUGUUUGAACUCUACUCCAUCCUCCGUCAAAGACGUCUCUCCGUGCCCUUUCAACGGGGAAGCAAAGUGCAGAGCCAGAGGUGUUUGUCGACUGUACUAAAGAUAAAAGUACACUGUACAUGUAUACACAAUGCUAGCCUGCUAAUGUUUGUAAGAGGACAAUCUGUAGAAAAAAGUCCUAAGCUGUCUCCCCAGCCCCUUUCCCACGUCUUCCCCUACAUUGUCCAAUUUUUCUGCAUCUUCAUCCUUUGACCUCUGACCCCUGUGUCACCUGACCGCCCCCCCUUUGUUUCCUCCUGUAGUGCAUGGCCUGAGUAUGGUUAGGAUCACCCGGGGGUCAUCCCCACCCCUGCCCCUUCACCUCUCACCUCCGCAGACAAGGCAUGAGGCUCACGCACGCGUAUACACACAUACACACUCAUAAAAACACACACACACAAACACACACAUCCUCAGACACAUGGAUGCAUGAUGAUCCUGGAUGUAUGUGCGGGGUAAUGUUUGGACUUUUUUUUUUGCCUGGGGUUGUUUUUAAAUGGUUAGCAAGCUGUUUUACUCGACCUUGUUUUAAAUUUUUGUUUUGUACUCCCGGGCAGAUGUUCUUGGAUUGCCAUGUGCGAUGGAUGUGACAUGUAUCUGGUCCUGUGUGCUUGUAUAAUAUAUACAUACAAUACAAAACAAACAUGCAUACAUACACAGUUUAUAUAUUACUUUUCCUUAUGUAUAAAAAGUAUAUAUAGAUAUAUGUAUAUUAACUACAAUGGUUCAGAAAUCAUUUAUGGUGAGCUCAUAUCUGGCAGGACAGUGGCAAUAUUUGCUGCUGCCUAAAGACAAUAGAUCUAGAUAAGGUGGUGUUUUUUUUUUUUUUGUUUGUAUGUUUUUUUGUUUUUUUUCUGGUUAAGCUGGAGUGUGUUAAAAUUCCAGCAGCAGUCACUUCCCUGCUCUCCUGUGUUGUCUGUAUUAAAGCUGUAGAUGGAUUUAGGGCAGUGCUCUAUUCCCUGUCUUUGUACCGACUCUGUCUGUAACAGUGUUUCUGUGACAAUGCAGUGUCUAGACAAACAUCCCUCUUCUCCUCCUCUCUCUCUCUCUCUCUCUCUCUUUGUCUCUGUGAAGAAUUCAAGAUGUUUCUUAACACUCUCUCCUCGACUUCUUGAGAAGUAUCGGCUGUGGUUUUUGGGGGUCUCCUGACACGCCGCUCACUGUCUCAUGUUUUGUGACCACUGACUGAAGUAUUAGCCUAGCGUUUUCUCUCUCUCCCUCUCUCUCUCUCUCUCUCUCCUCCACCUGCCGCACAUAGAGCCAUUCGGUACAGUCCGUCGAACCGUCUUAUUUACAGAGAAUACUCACUACAAAAUGAGAAAAGAAAAAAAAAGAGAAGAAAAAAAAAAAAAGCAGAAUUUGUAUAUACAGUUUAAAUGCUCCUCACCAAAAUUCUGACUUGUAUGACUUGUAUGUUGUUUUUUUAUGUUGUUAUGUUGAUUUUUUUUUUUUUUUUCCAUGUUGUGUUCAAGGUAUGUAUAUAUGCAGACCCAUGUACUGUUUAUGAGCAAAAACAAAGAUGACAAAGGGUAGGGAAAGUAAUGAAAAA